AUGCCCUGCGAGCCCGCGGAGCCUAUAGCCGUUGUUGGCAGUGGAUGUCACUUCGCUGACAGUGUCAACUCACCAGCGGAGCUGUGGAAGCUUCUUCAUGACCCACGAGACGUUCGCAGCGACAUUCCGGAAAGCCGUUUCAACGCGGAUGGCUGGUACCACCCCAACGGAUCUUAUCACGGCCGCUGCAAUGUCAAGAGGUCAUAUCUUCUCAAUCGGGAUGUGACUGCCUUUGAUACCGAAUUCUUCGGCAUGACGCCUGUGGAAGCCAAGGCCACCGACCCCCAGCAACGGCUGCUUAUGGAAACUGUAUACGAGGCGGUAGAAGCAGCUGGAAUGACUCUUGAAAGUCUUAAGGGUAGUGAUACAGGCGUGUAUGUCGGUGUUAUGUGGUGUGAUUAUGAGUCGAACUUGUUCCGGGAUCUGCAAACCGUCCCGACCUAUUCGGUUAUUGGAACCGGACGAAGUAGCAUAUCCAGCCGGCUCUCCUACUUCUUCGACUGGCACGGCCCCUCGGUUACCCUUGACACGGCGUGUUCAUCCAGUCUCGUCGCAUUGCACCUCGCAGUUCAGGCCCUUAGGGCCGGUGAUUCUCAAAUGGCCGUGGCUUGUGGCACCAACGUUAUUGUUGGGCCCGAAAACUACGUUACCAUGAGCAAGCUCCAGCUUUUAUCACCUGACGGUCUGAGUCGGAUGUGGGACCGUGAUGCGAAUGGCUAUGCGCGCGGUGAUGGUGUGACAGCACUCGUGCUUAAGACGCUCAGCAACGCCUUAAGGGACGGAGAUCAAAUCGAAUGCAUCAUCAGAAGCACAGAUGUGAACCACGAUGGUGCUACCCCAGGAAUGACAAUGCCAAGUGUAUCUGCUCAGCAAGCCUUGAUCCGGAAGACUUAUAGCAAGGCAGGACUUGAUCCUUUGAUUUACCGGGACCGACCUCAAUAUUUCGAGGCUCACGGGACGGGCACCCCGGCCGGAGACUCCGUCGAAGCCGAGGCUAUCUACAGAGCCUUCUCUGCGAACGAAGGUCCUAGAGAUCCACGGGAGGAACCCUUAUAUGUGGGCUCAAUCAAGACCGUUCUUGGACACACUGAAGGCUCCGCGGGUAUUGCGGGUGUUCUCAAGGCAUCACUGGCGGUUCAGCACGGCCGCAUUCCCCCAAACCUAUCCUUCAAUAAUCUGAGCCACCGAGUAGAGCCGUUCUACAAAGAUGUGCGAAUUCUCCAGGUUGCCUCAGCAUGGCCCUUCCUCGCAGACGGCCAGCCUCGCAGGGCGAGCGUGAACUCUUUUGGCAUUGGUGGUACCAACGCACACGCCAUCAUCGAAAGCUAUAAUAAUCGAUCAUACUGCACAGCCCCAGCUGAGAUUGACCACCUCUUCACGCCAUUUGUGUUCUCGGCAGUAUCAGAGCGAUCGCUACGAGCUAAUCUUACCGCUUAUGCGGCUUUCCUCGCAAUCAAUCCUACAAUAAAUAUUCACGACUUGGCUUGGACGUUAAGGGAACGUCGCUCAACUUUUGCUUACCGAACAUCGUUCGUGGCUAACUCUGUUGAGGAUCUCAAGUCGAAGAUCCACGAUCAACUCCAUGGCAGCUCGAGUCCUGUUGUCAGGGGGCGGUCGUCGUGGGAGAGAGGGGCGAAGAAGGUACUUGGAAUUUUCAAUGGACAGGGGGCGCAAUAUGCCCGCAUGGGCGCUGAGUUGAUUGAAAAAUCCUCGGCUGCUCGGAAGACAAUGGAACAGCUUGACGCAUAUCUUGCUGAACUCCCAGCCGAAGAUCGCCCCAGCUGGUCACUCAAAGCUGAGCUCCAAGCCAGCGGCUCUCAGUCUCGUGUACAGGAAGCCACUAUGUCACAGUCCUUAUGCACAGCAGUUCAAAUACUCCUAGUGGACCUUCUGCGGGCUGCGAAUAUCACUUUUAGUGCGGUGGUUGGCCAUUCUUCGGGUGAAACAGCUGCAGCGUAUGCAGCUGGCUGGAUCACAGCCCAGGAGGCCAUAUACAUUGCCUUUUAUCGUGGAUUGCAUGUCCUCUCCGCACGCAGUCCCCAUGGAGUCAGCAUCAAAGGCGCUAUGCUAGCUGUGGGCCUACCUAUGGCAGAAGCAACUCAGUUGUGUGAAAACGUGGUUUUCUCUGGCCGCAUCACUGUUGCGGCGAGCAAUUCUCCUUCCAGUGUGACGAUAUCAGGUGAUGAGGACGCUAUAUUAGAGCUGAAGAACCUUUUGGAUGAGCAAAACAUAUUCAGCCGACGUCUUUUCGUCGACAGAGCUUACCACUCUAGCCACAUGCUUCCGUGCUUCGAUGGUUAUGUGAACUCACUACAUCAGUGUCACAUCAAAGCACGCCACCCUACAGAAAAGAGAUGCACCUGGAUUUCAAGCGUGCACAAUCAGCCGGUGGCAUCUGAGACGGGGCUGGACGGAAUAUACUGGGCCCAGAACCUUACUAAGCCAGUCUUGUUUUCCCAGGCACUCACCACUGCCCUCUCGGUUGAUGAGUUCGAUAUCGCGGUCGAGAUUGGACCUCACCCAGCCCUGAAACAGCCCGCGAUCCAAACAAUUCAAGCUGUCUUGGGAAAGAAGAUCGAGUACACCGGAACACUCUACCGAGGCACCGAUGCCGUCCAUGCCAUGUCAACAAGCUUAGGAACUCUAUGGUCACACCUUGGUAGCGCCGCGGUCAACUUAGACACUUACGAAAGGGCCAUGCAUGAUCAAGCACUCCGCUUACAAGUGGUUAAAAACCUUCCCAUAUACCAAUGGAAUCACGACGCUAAAUAUCAACACGAGUCUCGACUUUCCCGCCAGAUGCGCUUGAGAAGCCAACCGGCUCACCCGCUGUUAGGGGACAUAUGUCCGGACAGUGCGCCGCACCAGAUGAGCUGGAGGAACAUAUUGCGUGAGAGUCAGAUCGAUUGGCUCUGCGACCACAGAGUUCAGGGUCAGGUCGUUUUUCCUGCCUCCGGUUACAUUUGCACAGCCUUGGAGGCUUUGGUUUGGCUGUCAAGCGGAAAAGAAAUACGCUUGAUCGAGAUGCGAGACUUCUCAAUACACCACGCAGUCCCCUUAGACCAAGAUGUCGAAGUUUUAACGUCACUGAUUGACAUAAAUCUGCUGCAACCGGAUCAUGCCCGCGCCAAAUUUACUUACUCUGCAGCCCUUGGGGCUGAGGCAAAUGAGCUCACACUGGCUGUUAGCGCAGUCGUCGACGUCUUUUGGGGAGACGCAGAUCCGACAAUCAUGCUCCAUCGUGCGCCAACUCCGUCUCACAUGGUCAACAUUGACCCAGAACGCUUUUACCAUGUCAUGGACAAGCUUGGCUUAGAGUUCAGAGGCCGUUUCACUUCGCUGGCAGCGAUCCAGCGAAAACAUGCGAAUUCGUCAUGCUUGGUCAAGAUCAAGCCGAGUGAACACGCAAGGGAAAUACUUGUCCAUCCCGCGGAACUGGACAGUGCGUUUCAGUCAAUAUUCCCAGCAUACGGAUAUCCAGGCAAUGAUCGUCUGUCAUGCCUCCACCUACCUCAGAGCUGCGAACUUAUUCGAGUUAACCCUGCCCUGUGUGAAUCCAUGAGGAGCAGCACGACGACACUCGCACCAGUCGACUCGAUGAUCACCCAUGAAGGUAUCGAAAGCAAUGGAUUUUGUGGAGACGUCAACAUCUAUCCGCAAAACGCUUCAUAUGCAGCAAUUCAGCUGCAAGGUUUGAAAGUGAUGCCUCUUCGUCAGAUGUCCGCCUCUGAUGAUAAGAAAGUCUUUUUCGGGACGCGCUGGAUCCCCAGCACUCUCGAUGAGCGGUCAUCAGUGUGUGGCACCGUGAUAACCCAACAUCAUAAAGAUAUUUUGGAGGUUCUGCACAGCAGUUACCUGCAAUAUGCUCGACACGUCACCCGCCUCGUGGAUAAGGGGGAGCACAAGUGGGCAAAGAAGUCAUGGCUCAGUGAUACCCUCGAAGAUGUUAUGGAAGCUAGCAAGCCAUUUCUUCAACGGUCCGAUGUGCGAUUGAUGCAUCUUGUUGGUCAGGAGAUGCCAAAAGCCCUUGCUAACGAGUCCGACAUGCUAGAGGUGCUCCGCACGUCCGAUCUUUUGGAUGAUUACUAUGAAAAUGAAUUUGGACUCAGCCAACUGUCUUCCUGGAUCGGUCGAGCAGCAAGUGAGAUCGUUGAUCGUGCCGGAACUGGUGCUGGAACGAAGAGUGUCCUCCGGUCUGUCGGCCACGAAUUUCAUAGUUACACUGCGACUGAUAUUUCCUCGGCCUUCUCCGAAAGUAUUGACGCGGUGUCUUCUGAGUACGAAGAUCGAGUGAAAUUCAAAGUCCUUGACGUGGAGAAAAGUCCAGUCCAGCAAGGCUUCAGUGAGGGCGCGUACGACUUAGUUAUUGCGUUCUCUGUUCUGCAUGCUACGUCCAAUUUAGAGCGGACACUGAAACACACUCGUCAGCUUUUGAAGCCCGGAGGUUAUCUUCUCGUUGGCGAGGCCAAUAAUAACAUCCAGACCGGCAGCCUCCCUGGCGUCAUUUUCGGAACAUUACCAGGGUGGUGGCUGGGUCAUGAUGAUGGACGCGUCUUGUCACCUUUAGUCUCCACGGCGCAAUGGGAUAGGUUGCUAAGAUCCACUGGCUUCUCUGGAAUCGACUUGACUGCUCCAGAUGAGCUCCAAGACUUAUUUGGCGCUUCCUUCUAUGUCUCGCAAGCAGUCAAUGACACACUCAAUCUCCUUCGAGCGCCUCUCUCCAUGCCUUCGCUGCUUCCUCCAAUCGAGAAGUUGGCUAUUGUGGGCGGCUGCACUUCGCGUAGCGCCACUCUGGUCACUAGUCUGAAAUCCACAUUAACAGGGUUCGUGACAGAAUUGCAAGUUUUUGAGACUCUUGAGGAUGUCCAAUGUCACGAAGGUGGGCCUCGCUUGCCGGUGAUUAGUCUGACAGAACUUGAUGAGCCUGUCUUCAAGAAUUUGACGAACAGGCGCUUCUCGGCUCUGAAAACCAUGUUUGGGGGUGCCAAAGAUCUGCUUUGGGUCACCAACGGUCGCCGCUGGCAAGAGCCGUUCUCCAACAUGACCGUUGGAUUCGGAAGGACGGCCAGGAAUGAAGCACCUGAACUCCGCCUUCAGUUCCUCGAUAUAGAGGAUCCUGGAAGCCUUGAUUCCCAUAGAAUCGCUGAAAUCUUUCUUCGUCUACUGACAAGAGCGGAAGAGAAGGACGAUAUAUUUUGGUCCUUUGAGCCGGAGAUCAUCAUUGAUUCCGAACAACGCGAGUUGAUACCACGACUUCGACACAGUACCAGUCUAAAUAACAGAUACAACUCAUUGCGCCGUCCAAUCACCCACGAGGUAGACGUUGAAACCUCUCCUAUCUCCAUGGAGCCGAGACGGAAUGGAUGCAUUUUCAAAGAGUUAAGACUGGGCAUGAAGGACAACAGCGAGCCCCUUAUCGACAUUCGCACGACGCACACGGUUUGGUCAGCCAUCAUGACUCCUCUUGGGCACAAAUUUCUUGCAUUCGGCGCAGAGCCAAGCUCCGGAUCAUAUUAUCUGGCUCUCGUGCCCUCGCCAGCAUCCGUGCUCAGAGUUUCUCCAACCUGCGCAAUUCGUUGCGCAACUACGCAUUCAUCCAUGGAGUUACUUCUCGCACUUGCAGCUUCUCACUUGGUUGCCACAGCCGUUCUCCAACACCUCUUCGCUGGUCAAACGCUGAUUGUGCACAACUCUACAAACUUGAUUGCCGAUGCUAUAUCAGUACAGGCAUCCGCAAAGGAUGUACGUGUUGUUUUCACAACGGAUAAUGCAGGGCCGGACACUCCCAGCUCCUGGAUUAGACUUCACCCGCAUAUGAGCCAGUCCGCAUUGAGCUGCAUUUUACCGAGCAAUACUGCGUGCUUUGUCGGGUUCUGGGACCAGGCCACUUCAAGAUCCUUGGCCGAAUCAGCUUUGCUAGCAAGUCUUCCUCGAAAUUGCCGCGUAGAAACUGCUGACAAGAUCUACUCGUUGGACGGAUGUGAUCACUUCAGCUCCGCCCCUGUCCUGGCUCAGAUGCUUGAAAAAGCCACAGAAUAUACCGAGAUGUAUGACAACCAGAAGCAACAGGCCAUACUGGCAGCAGCUAUGAGACUUGAGGACGUCUCCAAUGGGCCACCUCCGAGCAGCCCAAUUACAGUUGUUGACUGGACGUCAUCUCAUCUGUUGCCAGUUCGCAUUACUAGCCUUGACUCUGGGCCUCUUUUCCGAAGCAACAAGACCUAUUGGCUAGCUGGCUUGACUGGCGCACUGGGCGUGUCCUUGUGUGAUUGGAUGGUCGCCCACGGUGCCAAAUCUCUUGUACUGACAAGUAGGAGUCCUGAAGUGGACCGAGAGUGGAUUUCUUUGCAUGCUCGCAACAAGGUUGUCAUAACGAUCAUUGCAUGUGAUAUGACCGAUAAAGCUGGGUUGGCUGAAGUGAAGAAGACUAUCGAUGCGACUCUGCCGCCAAUCGCGGGAGUUAUGAACGGUGCAGCAGUACUCAGAGACGUGUCUAUCACCAAUAUGUCUUUAGACCUGUUCAAUGAUGUCACUGGCCCGAAGAUGUACGGAAGUAUAUACCUGGACCAGCUGUUUUGGGACGAACCCCUCGACUUCUUCAUUCUUUUCUCUUCCAUCAGCUGUCUCUUUGGGAAUCCAGGUCAAGCCAAUUACUGCGCAGCCAAUGCAUAUGUGUGCAGUCUCGCGGCUCAACGCAGGAAACGCGGUUUGGCAGCGACUGCUCUCAACAUAGGCGCUAUCACGGGCGUUGGCUACAUGGAGAGAGAAGAUAGAAAAGCCUUGGAUUUGACUAUCUCGAAAAUGGCCUUGAUGCGUUUGUCGGAAGAAGAUGUCCACCAACUGAUUGCUGAAGCAAUCGAAGUCGGUCACCCUGACUCUCGAAAUGAGCCAGAGCUAUCCACGGGCCUUCUGGAAGUACCAGCCGGAUCGCCUGAUGCCCCGGCAUGGAUCUCGGAUCCGAAAUUCGCGGAUUUUAUUGUUGAUCAAGUGGAAAGCGAUACAGAGAUAAAACAAACAGUUGCUGAAUCUCUGCCGGACAUGCUUAAGGCUUGUCAGAAUCAGCAGGACCUUGAACGCAUCGUGAAACAGGCAUUUGCAUCCCAACUCCGGAGGGUAUCACUUGUGACAAUGCCAGAUGAAGAGCUUAUGGCAAAACGCAGCAAUGAGCUUGGCCUUGAUUCAUUAGUCUCGGUUGGCAUUCGCGAUUGGUUCCUCAGGACCUUUCAGGUCAGCAUAGCUGUCUUGAAGAUCAUCGGGAACAACACCAUGGCAAGUUUGGCUGAGGACGCUGCGGGACUCGUUCCGGGAGAAUUGACGCCACAACUCAUAUCUGGGGCAAAAGCUUGA